CACGUCUACCUCCGCCCAGUCCUGGCUGCUCCCGACCCAGGAUGGCGGCACAGAGCGAACCCAACGAGCAAGAGGCUUGAGGCCCUGACUCGGGACAACAGGACCUUGCGAUAUAUAUGACGUAAGGAGAGAGGAGAGGGAGGACGGGAGGAUGGAACAAGGAGGAGGAAAGACCCGCUCCCUGAGGCGCGCAGAAUCAUACCUGCUGGCGCCGUCGGCGACGGCGGUGCAACAAAUCACUGCGCGAGAGCCCGCGCUCAGGAUGGAAAAAAAGGAAGAGGAGGAAGAUGAUGAGGAGGAGAAGGUUUACAUGCGAGGAAUGUCUCACGUGGGGCUGGCUGGUGGAGGCGACUGCAAUAUGCUCGGCAACCGGCUGUGGAAAAAGUGCAAGCGUACGAAGCAUCCUAACCAGAAUGCGCUCCAGCGCAAGGACCUAACAUCAAUCACGGGGGGAGUGGGAAGGGGCGGGUGGAGAGGAAAACCGCGCCUUCGAUGUCGAAACACGUCCUGCUCCCUCCAGAAGCACAGACUGGCGUGCUGCCCCAGAAGCUGGAGGUGCAGCUCGCCUUGGGUGAGCUGUGGCCCUCGUGCUCUACGGAGCUUCUGAAAACACGCAGGCUUUCCCAUUCGUGCCGUGCUGCUUGCCCGACCUAAUGCUUGAUUCCAGUGCCCUUUGCGCCUCAGUCAUCAGCAUCCUCGUCCUCCGGACAGAUCCCGAACGAGUCUUCUUCCCCGUCCUCCUCGUCGAAGUCCGCCCACAGCAUGCCCACCAGGCAGCUCACCAGCUUGAACAGCUUCUUGUUCUCGUGCAGCAUCAUGUGAAUGUCGACGCUCUUGGCCUCGCCACGGAACUUCUGCAUCCCGCUGGUGAACUCCAUGAUGUCGACAGAUCCGCUGCCGUCCCUGUCCUCCAUCUGGAAGAACACCUUCGCAUCAGUGACAUCCACUUCCAGCGCAGACAGGUAAUCGCGAACUUCUUGCUGCUCUAAACUCGCCACGAACUCCUCGAACGUGACCAGCUGAUCUCCGUCCACAUCCAUCAGUGUCAGCAGGUUGACGACGUGGCGUUCCUUGUUCGCGUGUUCCUCCCUCUGCUUCUGCAUCAUUACUGAACGGUCGCGUUUGGAAAGCUCGAUGGCGCCAUCAACAAACACGCCAUUAACAAUCCGCUAACCCCUACACGCCUGAAGAACACAUCACCUUAUCUUACGGGGUAGAUGCUCAAGUCGCAUGAGAAGAGGUCACUG